ACGCGCAAAGGACCAAUGAGCGCCGAGGUGGGCGGGCCGGAGGCCAGCGGCCCGGUUUCCGGUUCCGGCUGGCUGCAGAAGCUCAUCAGUGCGACGUGUCCCAGGCGGCGAGGCGGAGGCGGCGGCAGCACCAUGGACCAGGUCAUGCAGUUUGUUGAGCCCAGUCGGCAGUUUGUGAAGGAUUCCAUCCGGCUGGUCAAGAGAUGCACCAAACCCGACCGGAAAGAAUUCCAGAAGAUUGCCAUGGCCACAGCAAUAGGAUUCGCUAUAAUGGGCUUCAUUGGCUUCUUUGUGAAGUUGAUCCACAUCCCUAUUAAUAACAUCAUUGUCGGAGGCUGACGGCCUACGGACGAGGUCCAUCGUGGGGAUCGGUGGACGGUGCGGAUUUGAGACGCUCAUGGAGUAAAGACGUUGCCUGCAUGUUUUGUGUCUUUCUUUUUUUCCAGGAUGUUUUCUGUUUCUAAAUUAAAAUAGUUUCCGUACAAACCAGCUUCUCUGUUUUCUAU